AUGGCGAUAAGUGCGACGGAGUUAGCGCGCGAGUUGGGAGAGUUGUUGGUGGCGCAGGAGGCUCAACUGUGUUUGGCGGAAUCGUUGACGGGUGGUUGCUUGGCGGCAACGGUAACGAGUGUGCCAGCAUCUGGUCAGUGGUUCAGUGCGUCAUUUGUGACCUAUGGUAUGGAGCAAAAGACCAAGUUGUUAGAUGUGCCUUGGGGAUUGCUUCAAGAUACCGGACCGGUUACGGCCGAGGUGGUUACCCACAUGGUUCAGAACGCACAAGCCAAAACUGGAUCGCCUUAUGGACUAGCCGUUUCCGGCGUAGCCGGUCCCUCAGGCGGCACCAAAGACUGCCCCGUUGGCACCGUCUGGUUCGCCUGGGCACACGGCCCCCGUGUAUGGACGAACAAACAAGUUUUCGAAGGAGACCGCGACUCCAUACGGGCACAGACCGUCAUCGAAGGCCUAAAGGGCCUUAUCAAUGUCGCCAAAGAUCUCCGACCCACUCUAGGCUAA